GGUUGCUUUGUGAGCGCUGUGUCCCGGAUGUACUGCCUUUCUCUCUAUAUAGCCCACUGAAGGCGGGAAGUCUGUUUCAAACCGAGACCUUCUGGAAUUGUCUGGACGUUUUACAAGAAAUAUAAUCACAAAAUGGCAGGAGGAAAAGCUGGAAAGGACUCGGGCAAGGCGAAAGCUAAGGCGGUUUCGCGCUCACAAAGGGCAGGACUGCAGUUCCCUGUUGGACGUAUUCACAGACACCUGAAGUCCAGAACAACAAGUCAUGGCCGUGUAGGAGCCACUGCAGCUGUUUACAGUGCUGCAAUCCUCGAGUACCUGACUGCUGAGGUCCUUGAGCUGGCGGGAAAUGCAUCCAAGGAUCUGAAGGUGAAGCGUAUCACUCCACGCCAUUUGCAGCUUGCCAUCAGAGGUGAUGAGGAGCUGGACUCACUUAUCAAAGCAACCAUUGCUGGUGGUGGUGUCAUUCCUCACAUUCACAAAUCUCUGAUCGGAAAGAAGGGCCAGCAGAAGACUGUGUAACUGUUCCAGCGAAUCGUGUGUGUGAUGCGUCUCAGGAUUUGCUCUGGAAGAAUUCAGAAGUGUUUUUGUGUAGUUUGGUAGUUUCAUGACCUUGUGUUCAGCUUUGCAUUUACUCAUUUCUGGGGUAUUUUUAAACAAAAAAACAAAACAUGGCUUCAGAGAAGCCAAUUUUUAUUUUUGACAAGUUUAAAGUGUAGUGUGCUUUGUGAUUUUUAAUUGGUAAUUUGCGUUGAACCUGAAAAGUUGGUGGGUUUUAUUCAAAUAAAUCUUAGUGCACUGUA